CUGGGAGCAAGUGACGUAAGACUUAAUUGAAAACACAGGCGACAUUUUCUAACUGCUAGAAAUAAAAAAUAUUAUAUUAAAAACUGAAGAAACAUCUAAAAGAAUACGAUUAUACACAUCUUUUCAUGAUAUUUAAUAUGUUCUUGUCCUUUUCUAAAAGUAAUGGUUAUUUCUUUGAGUUGUUUGUCGCAUAUUGCAAAGACAUCGCUCGCGUCUUGUUAUCAGACUCGCAGAACUAAGUAAAAUAUACCUGUUUGGUUUAUUAUUAUAAACGAGUGAUAGUGUUGCAACUGACGUUCAUUCGAUAAAAUAUGUGCAAAUGAAUGCAUUAAAUAUUAAUCCGUCGGAAAAGUAUGAUCCGCAAGGGAUUCGAAAUGAUAACAAUAGAGCAUAACUUCGUCGUUUUGAGGAAAAGACGCAGCUGCCUGAUAAAGAGCAUAUGUAGAAAAUAUUCUGAUCUCGCCCAGAAAUCACAAAUUCUGCACACUGAACAGUGAAGAUCUAAUUGAUACGAGAUUACGUGCUAUUAACAGAACUGUAUCCCAAAAGCAUUAUAUAAAGUGCAUUAUUAUAUCAAAGCAUAUUCGCACUCUCGAUUUGUAUUAAAAUUAUGCCGGGAAAAUCCUUUAACUUACAGCAGUUAUUUCUUAUAUGUAUAACUUUUGUUACGACAGUGUUUUGUCUGUUUACAUUCUAUACAAGUCAGUUUGAUCUGCAGCAAAGUUAUCAGAUAGGCGGUGAAGCAAAUAUAAAUCAAAACUAUCCAAAUAUCCACCAGUUGACGUUUCAUUAUUGGGGAUCCAGAAGUAUCGUGAAUCCAGAGUCUGCGCUCUAUGAAAUGAAAUACGGACAGUCAAUAUUUUAUGAGAAACUGCCCUCUUGGGGGAAUAGAAACUUAUUAAAACAGACAAAUAAAGCCCGAUAUAAAGCAUUUGAUCAGCGGAUAACGGAUUCCGACUAUAAAGAAUUUGUUGAAAUAUUGAACGUGUUUCAAGCAAUUUGUGAUAAAAACAAUUUGACAUUCAUGCUGUAUGGUGGGUCACUGCUCGGGUCGUACAGACAUUUUGGUGUAAUUCCAUGGGAUGAUGAUAUCGAUGUAUUUAUUAAUAGAUCUGAGAAAUCACGACUGCUCAAUAUGCUUACAAAUACGUCUUCUUAUAUAGUCGACUCGCCGCAUAAAAGACAAUGGAAAUUUUUCAAGAAACCAGAAUUUGAAAUAUGCACAAACGGUUCUUCUUGCUCAGCAAAUAUAUUGUAUGAAAGACAUAUAAACUGGCCUUAUAUAGACAUAUUCUUUUUCGCUGAGAAUGACACACAUAUAUGGGAUGAAACUCCUAUGUAUAGUUCAACCUAUGUUUAUCCAAAAUCUGACGUGUUUCCUUUGACCGUGGGGUUAUUUGAACACUUGGUCUUGCCUGUACCAAAAUGUACAGGGAAAAUCCUAUCUAAGACAUACAACACUGAUCUUUGUGUUACAUCAAUUUUCUCCCAUAAACACGAAAGGCAGAGUGAGGAUAAACAGAUUAGUAUGCCUUGCAAACGUCUCUACAAUUUCUUUCCUUUUGUUUUUGAAAUUGUGAAAGGGCACACGGUUUUUCGGAAACUAAUAUUAAAUGGAAAUCUGCUAUAUGAAACUGUUUCGAGGAACAGUAACUGUGGAAAUAUUUGAUAAACUAUGUUUACGAAACUUUGCUUCUUUUACCAUGAAUUCACCACCAAGGAGCUUAUUGUCCUGUGGUGUAUCUCUUUUGUCCAAACAGUUAAUGUUUAUGUCAGGAAUCCUGACGGAUUAAAGAUACUUCUCACACGAGAUUGUAAUGACCGUAAUUCAUAAUGUAGAGUUUAGCAGUACAUGCUUCCAGUAAUUUUCAAAAGAUACGUUUUAUGAUCGGGAUUGUAGGAGUAUUUCUUUUUUUGAUAAAAAUGCUAAUAUAAAAACAUUGUAACAAUGUAUAAAUGUUCACUGUGUUUAUGCUAUUCUAAUAAUUUCAGUUUGUUUAUAACGAUAACAACGAAUUGCUAUACCGAAAAAGCAAAGCGUUAUAUAAUAACUUGUAUGUAUAGUGUAAUUCAUACUAGUCGCUAGUUAACCUACUGGAAUAGUAUAGUGUAACUCAUGUCGCUAGUUAACCUACUGGAAUAGUAUAGUGUAACUCAUGUCGCUAGUUAACCUACUGGAAUAGUAUAGAUGUGACUUAUGGGCUAAGUUUAGGCGUUUGCUACUCAUGAUGAUUUUAGGAUAACUCCAAGUGAAUGUCUACAAAAUGUUUCUCGUCUUGAAAAUGUCUUAUUGCAUCCUUAUUGAAGUUUUAAGUUUUUUUUAUAUGACUGGAGAUAAGAAAAGAAACUGAUUUUAUUGAUUUUGUUUUCAUUAAAAUACUUACUUUUUUGGAGAAUCCCCUUAUGUAUUUCAGAAAUUUUCAUACUGCUUAUCAUUUGCUAAAACGAUGUUUAUGUAAAAUGAAAGUUUAACUUAAGAUAUUGAAAGUAGUAUUUUGUUCUCAUUUAUUUCUUUUGUUUAUGCAAACAGAUAUUUAUACUCUUUUAUUUAUUGUAUAUCCUCGUGAUAACUUACUUUCCUUAAUAUCUUCCAUAAUUUAUGUUAGCAACGAAAUGCUUGUGAUAUAGUGUUAUUCAACUUUUUUAU